AGCCGAUUCUGGUUUCCUCCCUCAUUUCCGCAACGAGCACGCGGAAAAUAAGACGUUGUGGGGGUGCGCUUAUCAGUUACAAAUCCAGCCUCCCUCGCUCUCUCUCUCUUUCUCUCUCUCUCUCUCUCUCUCUCUCGUUCCAGUUUUUCCCUACCUCUCGCCUCCUGUCUCUCUAGAUCUAAUCGGCAUUUGGUUCUGAUCGAGGACUCACAUUUCCAGUUCAUGCUUUCUGAUUCUGCCAACUCCGUCGUACAAUCUUCAAUGCCAAUGUCGGUCCCAGUGGACCAUACUGAUCAAAGUAUCGGAUUGGAUCCUGAGGUGACCAUUACACCAAACUGGACAAUUCAUGUUUCAGAUAUAAGAACAGUUAAGGUUAGCAAUAUUUCACUAGCUGCAUCUGAGAGGGAUAUCAAAGAGUUCUUCUCUUUCUCUGGUGAUCUUCAAUAUGUAGAAAUGCAAAGGGAAACUGAACAAACUCAGGUUGCCUACGUUACCUUCAAGGAAUCACAGGGAGCUGACACUGCAAUGCUCUUAUCGGGAGCCACCAUUGCUGAUCUUUCAGUGACUAUUACGCCUGUGGAGAAUUACCUGCUGCCUCCCGAAGCUCUUCCCCAGGAGGAGAGAAAGCCUCUUGCUACCAGUGCUACUGUUCAGAAGGCUGAAGAUGUGGUGAGCACUAUGCUUGCCAAGGGGUUUGUCUUGGGAAAGGAUGCUCUUAACAAGGCAAAGGCCUUUGAUGAGCGGCACCACUGGACAUCUACUGCCUCUGCCACAGUUGCUUCAAUUGACAAUAGGAUGGGUUUUACUGAGAAGCUAAGCAUUGGAACAGCUGUGGUCAAUGAAAAGGUUAGGGAGAUGGAUGAGAGAUUCCAGGUGUCUGAAAUGACAAAAUCUGCCUUUGCCAUUGCUGAGCAGAAGGCAAUCAGUGCAGGAUCUGCAAUAAUGGGAAACCGUUAUGUAUCCACAGGGGCUUCAUGGGUUUCAAAUGCAUUUAGCGCGGUUGCAAAGGCAGCUGAAGAUGUGACUCUGAUGACCAAGGAGAAGGUUGAAAAGGCAGAGGAUGAAAAGAAAGAAAUUAUUUACAGAGAGAGAACAGGGUUUGUAGAUGACUUUGCGCAUACUCAUCUUGAUGAGUCUUCUGCGUGGGAGCCUCCAACUGUUUCUGUUAAUUCUAGUCACGAUGACACCAAGCUUGGGAUUAUAUGAUCAUUGUGGUUCGUUUUCCCUUCUGUUAAAUUCCUCAGUAUUUCUAUCUCCAAUACCUGAUUUUCUUAUUCUUUUACUCAAGGAUUGCACUCAUGUAGAUUGCUUGGUUGUAUCAAUGCAAAUGCUGUUCAUUAUUUCAAUGUUUACUAGAAUUUCUACCUG